AUGCUAACCCUCAAUCUCAGCGCAAUUUCUUCUUCGUUCUCAGUUGUUCCAUAUGCCAAUUAUCCACUGUCUAUUCAAACUCAAUUGUUAUUUCGUUCCAAUCUUAAUUACUCCUUUGCUACAACAGCAACCAGAAAGUUCAAGUCUUUUCAGCUCAAGGCUGGAUUUUGGGAAUCAAUUAAAUCAGGAUUAAUGAAGAAUAACUCAAUGCAAGUCAUUGAUCCACCUCUAGAUGAAGAAGAUGAAGAACCUCUGCCUCAAGAGUUUGUCCUUGUGGAAAAGACCGAACCUGAUGGAACAAUUGAGCAAAUAAUAUUCUCUUCAGGUGGAGAUAUUGAUGUUUAUGAUCUUCAAGCCCUUUGUGACAAGGUAGGGUGGCCACGUAGGCCACUGUCAAAAUUAGCUGCGGCUUUGAAAAAUAGCUAUAUAGUGGCCUCACUUCAUUCUAUAAGAAAGUCACCUGGGUCAGAGGGGAAUGAACAGAAGAGAUUAAUUGGCAUGGCCCGUGCCACGUCUGACCAUGCCUUCAAUGCCACAAUUUGGGAUGUCCUAGUUGAUCCUAGUUACCAGGGCCAAGGCCUUGGUAAAGCUCUUAUAGAGAAACUGAUUAGAGCUCUUCUGCAAAGGGACAUUGGUAAUAUAACUCUGUUUGCAGAUAGUCAAGUUGUGGAAUUUUAUCGGAAUUUAGGCUUUGAAGCUGACCCAGAGGGCAUAAAAGGCAUGUUUUGGUACCCGAAUCACUAA